UUCGGCAAUUACAAAUAUAUAAAUAAUUUGAUAAUUUAUUAAAUAGUGAAUGUCAACUCUAUAGUGAAUGUCAACCACAACCGAUUCAAGAAGAGUAUAGAUAUAUAAAUAUGUCACGAGCAGGCACGAAACUCGACUCGAAAAAAGUUAAUUCUGAAUUAUUUACAUUAACAUAUGGAGCAUUAGUAGCUCAAUUACUAAAGGAUUACGAGAAUGUAGAAGAUGUAAACAAACAGUUGGAAAGAAUGGGUUAUAACAUGGGAAUUCGUUUAAUAGAAGAUUUUCUAGCUCGAACUGGGUCUGGUCGGUGUUAUGACUUUCGAGAUACAGCUGAGAAAAUACAAACUGGAUUCAAAAUAUUUUUGGGAAUAACACCAACAAUCACAAAUUGGAGUGCUGCUGGUGAUGAAUUUUCUUUAUGUUUUGAAGCAAAUCCAUUAACGGAAUUUGUUGAAUUACCUGAUCAUUGUUUAAAUCUAAAGUAUUGUAAUGUAUUAAUUGGAGUAUUAAGAGGAGCUUGUGAAAUGGUACAAAUGGAAAUUGCUUGUUGGUUUGUGCAAGAUCAGUUAAAAAAUGAUAAUGUAACUGAAUUACGAAUUAAAUUUAUUAAAAGACUAGAAGAUGCUAUUCCAGCAGGUGAAGAUUAAGUAAUCUUUUGUUAUUAAAGAUGAUGGAAGUGAAGUGCAAACAUUGUAGAAAAGAUCUUUUUGAGAAUGAAUAUAUUUUAUUAUUUACUUCCCACCAUGAAAUAAAAAAAAACGCUAUGGACGUUGGAUGUGGUGCAAGUAAUUCUGAAUUUUGUUCAUACAUGUC